AUGAUGGAUCCUCCACCGAACCGGCUGAGCGCGUCUAAAUUUGCCAGCGUUGGCGAUCUUUUGCACUCUUUGGGACGAAACGCUGCUGUAUCAGUUGUGCCUCACGAACAGAACCUUCCACUCGUGGGUUUCCCCAUUCUUGUAUCGCGAAAUCCGCCACUAUUCGUGGCACCAGACCUGGCUAUCUUUGAGAGCCUUGAGAAUCUGGACCUGCACUGGAGCUGGGCCGAUCUGGAUGAAUGGCAGAGGCAGCUUAUCCUGAUUCUUCGCAACUCGCCAGGCCUACCCGGCCGUGAUCAUGAGUACGAGCACCUUUUCAACAGGCUCUGUGAUGCGUACGGAGAGACUGGGGCGGCGCCACUACGGCCCGAGUCUUUGAGGCUCGGCCAAGCGCUCUAUCCGACCAGCGCAAGCUCCUUUGCCAAGAUGAUCGACCUUGACAGCCUCGAGGAGGUGCAACUUGAAAAUGAUACCGUUUUUAUGGAAGACUUUGAUAUGUUUGGGAUUAUUGACCCAUCCCCGGACAAUUCAGACAUAGACCGGAUCAUAUAUGGUGUCUUCUUCUCGAGUUCCUCCUGUCCGAAUUUGCGCCAAUUCACCGCCAGACGUUACUCGGGAGACAUUCACGACGUAUUGGCCUGGAUGGACAAAACCUGUGUACAGCGGCUCGCCCUCUCCUUUGCUGAGACCUCCGAACCCGAUCUGGCGUAUGCACUCAGAGCUGAAGAAACCUCGUGGCGGUGGCCAUCGUUUCCUCUCCACCCGAGGACGUUGGAACUGGAAAUGCACCGGAAUAAAAUAGAUACUUGCGGGGCAUACGAACCGAUUACCGACGAGCAGAUCUUUCAUCAUCUUGUCUCUUAUGACCCACAAAACCUUGAAGGUCUCAUGGUCAACUUGGCCCCGGAUCGAGACGCCGAGGGCGGGGUGGUUGGUCUGAGAGAACUCUGUCAGAUUCUGAAUGGAUUCUCAAAGCUUACUCAAAUGGUUGUCAAAAGCGAUGCUUGGCGUGGCGUGGGUAUUGGAGUCGGUGACGAUGGCACAGAGAUUAAGGCAAUAGCAAAGAUUCUUGCUCUCGCUAUACCGUAUUUGAGAUACAUCAGGAUUCAAGGGCUGUCCUGGAGAAUUUGGCGGCAAGCCGAUGGUCUGACCACUCUGGAGGAUCUGGACAGCAGGGAGAUCAGGCAGGUAGAGUGGCUGUUCCAAAGCAUGUAUGAGGCUGGUUGGAGCCAUGAUUCUGAACCAACAUUCCCAGGAGCCUCAUGA